AUGGUUGAAAUCGACGCUGCUGUUGAAUAUCUCCGUGCUAGAAUUAGUUGCGAUUCUGGAGACACGGAUGUAUCACAGUACACCAAAUUCGGUAUUCAAUUGGUUUACGUUUUACCUUUUGCUUUUUUGUACUUCUCGUUUUUGAUGGCAAUUGUGAGAAGGAGAAAUCAUUGUGAAAUUUUUGAAGACUCAUUUUUCGCACUGCAUCUAGUGGAUGGGAUUGUGACUAUUCUCUUUCUUGUACUUGAUAUAAGUUUCACAAGAAUCACUACCUACAUUCGUCCAGUAUGUGAAUACUUUGUACCCCUUCUGAAAGAUGAUGCCUAUUACUUGACACCAUAUUUCACUCUUUACCUGUAUGCUCAAUUCGCAAAAAUGUUAUCCACUCUGACGAUGAGCAUCAACAGGUACACUUCUGUUAACUACCCAUUACUUCAUAAAUCUUUGUGGUUGCAACACUGCUCCAAAGCUAUCUUUGCUAUUUUACUGAUCCCUAUAUUGUUUGUUUGGCCAGUUGCAAUCGCAAAAACUUCUUUUCUUCCAAACAAAGGCCAGACAAUAAUUAUGUAUGAACAUCAUUUUGCGUGGGCAAGAACAUCGUUCGGAAGGAUUUUGAUUGGAGGAUCUACACUCAUCUUCACAGUGUUCUCCAGUGUUGUCACCACCUACAAGCUAUCGAAAUUGGGAAAACACAUGAGAAAAGUGGAGAUUUCGUUAACGGUUGCAACAGUUUUCACCUCGUUCGGAUUCGCAUUAAUGCUGGUCGUCCAGAUUUUCCAGUUGGUUGUGCCUCUGGAUUCGUUUGUAGAAGACCCAUGGAUGGCCACCUUUUUGUUGGGAGCUACGCAGUUUGUGAACGAUUUUUAUAUGUUGAGUGGCCCGAUUGUCCUAAUCAUUCUCGAUAAAAAAAUUCGAAGAUCAAUUCUUUAUUGCUCACUCCGCCGUACAAAUUCCGACAAGCGAAUCAUUGAAGUAUCCGCACGAGCAGUCACCAUAACCGAAACUCAUAUGUUUUAA